UAUUUGCAAAAUUCUAAUCUAACCUAAUAGACAUAAAGAGUUUUUUAAGUAGCUCAGUGGUUAUUUAUAAAUGGGAACAAAACGCCAAUAAACACUGAGUAAAUACAUAUUAUACGCAUAACAUAUUAAUAAAUUUACUAAGGGAAACGUUACGGGAAUUGUGAUGCAAGGAGUAGGCACUGCGACGACGGAUUUUACACAGCCGCAACCACAUCAUCUGCAGCAGCAACAGCUACAAACACAAACACGACGGAAGCAGCAAGUGCCCAUGAAUAAUGUAAAUGAUUGGAGGCCAUUCGUUUACGGUGGACUAGCGUCAAUAACAGCGGAAUUUGGUACUUUUCCGAUUGACACCACGAAAACGCGCCUCCAAAUUCAAGGUCAAAAAAUUGAUCAAACAUUCUCGCAGCUAAGAUAUCGUGGCAUGACCGAUGCCUUUAUAAAAAUUUCACAAGAAGAGGGCCUUCGUGCCCUCUACUCAGGCAUCUGGCCUGCCGUGCUGCGUCAAGCUACCUACGGCACCAUCAAAUUCGGCACUUAUUAUACGCUCAAAAAAUACGCGCAUAACUACGGUUUACUUGUGGAUCAUGAAACCGGUGCCGAACGUGUGUGGGCGAAUAUUUUGUGUGCGGCGACGGCGGGUGCUGUCUCCUCGGCCAUAGCCAAUCCGACUGAUGUGUUGAAAGUGCGUAUGCAGGUGCAGGGCAAAGCGGCGCAUCAACAUGGCUUGUUAGGAUCAUUCCUGGAAAUCUACCGUUAUGAGGGUGUGCGCGGGCUAUGGCGCGGUGUUGGGCCAACAGCGCAGCGCGCUGUCGUUAUUGCCUCGGUGGAGUUGCCUGUUUAUGAUUUUUGUAAAAUGCAAUUGAUGACUGCAUUUGGCGAUCAUGUGGCGAAUCAUUUUGUCUCCAGCUUUAUAGCCAGUUUGGGCAGCGCCAUCGCCUCCACGCCAAUCGAUGUGAUAAGGACGCGUCUCAUGAAUCAGAAGCAUUUAACGGUUGUUAAUGGUGUGGCGGUGGCGAAUACGCAAAAGCUUUAUAAAGGCAGUUUCGACUGCGCGGUGCAGACUGUCCGCAACGAAGGCAUAUUAGCGCUGUACAAAGGCUUCAUACCCACCUGGGUGCGCAUGGGCCCUUGGAAUAUCAUAUUUUUCAUAACCUACGAACAAUUGAAGAAACUCUAAAACAUUUCAUCCACAUCUUUGUACAGUACAAGCCGCAUUUACAAAGACUUUUCAAAUCAAAACAUUUUCUUAUGCAUAAGUAGCGUUAAACAUAUGAAGCCAAAAAGCAAAAUGUAGCCUGUAAGCUUAUAGUAUAUAGAUAUAGCAUGUUUAUAACGGAACGCAUUACUAACAAAGUAAUACAAAGAAAUUUAAAAUAUAUUAGCGAAAUGUUAAUAUGUUACUUUAGUAAUAGCAAAGCAACAAUAGCAACAUAAAAUCGUAAUUUGUACUUUGUUAUAGCGCCAAGCCACUGCUAUAAUCCAUACUAACCAGCGCGUGCUAACGCAAUGUUAGCAACUAAAUUUAUUGCUGUGCAAAAAGUUGCUAAAUAUGAUAAAAAAAAUGCAAGUUUGCAAAAUAUUGUUAACUAUUUCUUACACUAGUAAUAAGGUAUUAGUUAUAUUAACCAGUUCAAUUUGUUAGCGUAUUGAAGUGGCAUUGUUUCCUUUAAUUAUAAAGUAAGUAGCACAAAUGUAUUACGAAAAGUCGUACCACUAAUAUUUUGCAUAAAUACAUAUAUACAUACAAACAUAUGUCGGGACAUAGGUGUGUGAGUUAAGUUAAGUAAAUAUAUGUGUACUAAAUAUUUUUUACUUUACGCUUUACGAAAAUUAAUUAUUUAUAUUUAAAAUGUAUUAAUUCAUUGCUUGCAUUUUACCGCUACUACCACAAAAACAACAAUUUAUCAAUAGCUCUAACUGCUGUCCGAAAUUUAUUAAGUUUAAAUUGUGAAAAAAAAAUUUAUUUUCAUAUUUUAUAUUUCUGCAUUUUUUAUAUUAAUUCUACAGCGCGACUAUAUAUUUACAAUGUAAGCUUUUAUAAGCAUUUCACAUAUAUUUUAAAGCUUUAUACAUAUAUAAAAUGUUUACGCGUAUAUUUUUACAUUAUUAUAUUAACUAUUUUUGUUGGCGAUAUGUUAUUAUUAUAUAUACUAAUUGUAGCCGCCUCGAUAUUUAAAAAUAUCUUUAACUUUACUCUUACUUUCUAAGCACUCAAACAUGUUGUUACGUGAUUUCACUAUUGUGAAGUAGCUAAAAAUAAACGAAAAUUUGUUUAAAGAGCAACAGCGAAA